AUGGCUGCCAACGACUACUACAGCUCUUUCAACCCAGGCAGGAGAGAAGACGCCCCUCUGCCUCCUGUGCCCCCUUCGUCGUCGCCCUCUCCGCUGCCAUCGCCGCACCCGACCCGACCGCACAUCGACACCCAAAACCUAGAGAGCUACGGCCACUCUCACCCGUCUGCUCACUCGCACCCUUCCGCCCACACCUACCACACCGGCCACUCGCCUGUCGGCUCUCCCUUCACCGACAAUGCCUAUCCUUCAUACCCGCAAGACACACAUCCGCCGCCUAACCCGUACGGGCCCGUGCACGGCGACGACGAUACUGCCUACCAUGGAGCCGGCGCAUAUGGACAACAUGGCCGUGCGGACAACGACCCCUUCGGCGACAACCAGGCCAUUCCGCUCCACGCCCAACAACCGAAGCUGGAUGCAAGUCCCUCGCGAUACAACGGCGAUCCCGAGGGCCAGGCGCCUCUCGUUGGCGGUCCUGGCGGAAUGAGGAGAGAACGUAGCAUGCGCCAGAAGAAGAAGGGCGGCUGGUUUUCUGGCAAGAUUACCUGGGUCGUUUUCACCUUGACAGUGGUUCAAAUUGCUGUUUUCAUCGGUGAAAUCAUUCGCAACGCUACCCUUACCGGUUCGCCCAUCAUGAUCAAGCCCACGUUCAACCCGAUGAUCGGUCCCUCCGGCUACGUCUACAUCAACAUGGGUGCCCGUUUCAUUCCGUGCAUGCGCCACAUGGGAGGAGGAGGUGAGGUCGAGAUUACGCCUGACAUUGCCUUUCCGUGCCCCAACUCCACAACCGGCGCUGCUGAAUGCUCGCUGAACACGCUCUGCGGAAUGAGCGGCAUCCCUGAAUCCGAUGGCGAGCUGAAACCCAACCAAUGGUAUCGCUUUAUCACGCCCAUAUUCCUUCACGGAGGCCUCAUCCAUAUUAUUUUCAACAUGCUUGUGCAAAUGACCAUCGGACGCGAUGUGGAACGGCUGAUUGGCUCCAUUCGCUUUUUCCUGGUCUAUUUUGCAUCUGGUAUUUUUGGUAAUGUCCUCGGUGCCAAUUAUGCGCCAAACGGCAUGCCUUCGGUCGGUGCAUCGGGCGCCCUUUUCGGUAUCAUCGCCAUAACACUUCUAGAUCUGCUCUACCACUGGAAGGAACGCGAACACCCCAAGAAAGAACUUCUCUUCAUCAUGCUCGACGUUGUUAUCGCCUUCGUUCUGGGUCUCCUGCCUGGUCUGGACAACUUCGCGCAUAUUGGUGGAUUUAUUAUGGGACUCGGCCUCGGUAUUUCCAUUCUCCACUCGCCUCAAGUCCUCCGCGAGCGCACCGGCAUGGAUGAACCUCCUUACUCGGCCGUUCCCAACUCCAAGCAUGGCGGCGAAUUCGAGACGAUGAAGAACUUCACCAAACAGCCCGUGGGCUUUUUCAAGGGCAGGAAGCCGCUUUGGUGGGCGUGGUGGUUGAUUCGUGCCGGAUGCAUUGUUGUCGUGUUUGUUGCGUUCAUUGUGCUCCUGAACAACUUCUACUCGACUCACAGCACUUGCAGCUGGUGCAAGUAUCUCAACUGCCUUCCUGUCAGCGACUGGUGUGACUCAAACACGCUCACUAUCACGCAAACGAACUCAACGAGCAAGCGUGACCUAUUCGGGCUUGAGAAGUACAUGCUACCGGAUUUUGACUCGCCAAUGUGA